AUGGAGGUGCUGCUGUCUGCAGUCGCUAGCGACAUCGUCGGCCGGCUGGUCUCCUUCCUCAUCAGCAAGUUCCAGGAGGCUGGCUCCACCGAUGACGACGUUGUCAGGCUGCAGCGUGCGCUGCUACGAGCCCGCGUCGUCGUCGAGGAGGCCGAGGCGCGGCAGGUCAGCAACCGGGCCAUGCUGCUGCAGCUCAACCAGCUGAGGGGAGAGAUGUGCCGAGGCUCCUACGUGCUCGACGCCUUCAUGAGGCGAGCCGUGGAUCCCUGCAGAGGAUCACAUGCCAUGGCGAGCCGGUCACCAGCCGGCUUGGCUGAGCGCCUGGAGAGUGGUCGCACUCGCACGGGCGGGCAGGUCAUCUCCGCCGUGCUGAACACCCUUGAAGCUGCGUUGAGCGACAUGAAGGAGGAGUUCGUCGUGCUCCUCGGUGCCUGCCCCCGCCUCAACCGCCAGCCGUACUGCGCCUACCUGUUCAUGGAGAGGUGCAUGUUUGGCCGGCAGAUGGAGAAGGAGCAGAUCAUCGGAUUUCUGCUACAGCCUGCGCAAGAUUUCGAUGUCCUCCCGAUCAUUGGCCCUCACGAGGUUGGGAAGCGGACGCUGGUCGAGCAUGCCUGUCUCGAUGACAGGGUGCGAGAUCACUUCGCCAAGAUUCAUCAUCUAACAAGUGACGAUCUUGAUCUACAGAGCCCUGACGACCAUGGUCGUCAUCAAGGCUUGAUAGACUCCGCUUCCGCUGCAAUAUUCGUGAUUGACCUCGCCGGCGGCGAUGGGGGCGAGGAGGAGGAGAGAUGGAGAAGGUUCCGGUCGUCCAUGCGCCGCCGCGCGCACGGGGAGAGCAAGAUCAUAAUCAUCAGCAGGACGGAGAGGCACUCGGCGCUAGGCACAGUUCCACCGCUCAAGUUGCGGGCGCCGUGCCGGGAGGAGCUCUGGUACCUAUUCAAAGCCCUCUCGUUCGGUGGCGCGGACCCGGAGGAGCGCCCGGAGCUGGUGCGCAUCGCCAUGGCGCUGUUCAACAACAUCCCCGACCUCGCCCCGUUCGCGGCGGCGAACAAACUGGCCGCGGCUCUGCGUGCCGACCUGAGCGCGCGCUCCUGGCGCCGCGUGCUGAAGGUGUCCACCGGAGUGAUGGAGCUGCAGCUCGGUGCCGCCGCUGGGGGGCCUCGUCGUCCGGAGGAGAAGAUCGGGUAUUACUACCCCAGCGUGCCGAUGAAGGACGCGCCUAACGCUCCGUGUGUGUUCUACGGCAGGCGUAAGUCGACGGGCAUGGCACGGAGCGAGCUCCCGAAGGUGACGAUGAUGGAGGUCUCCGAAGGCGUCAUAGACCGCGGCGAGAAGCGGUUCGACGUGCUGGUGUGGCAGUCCCGCAUCCCUCCGUAUGCAAGCUACGUCGCAACGUGCGACAUGGAGGGAGGUGCCGACGUGGCGCCGGUGGUCGGCACGAAACGACGUCUGAACAAGAGGAGGAGAGGUCAACUGGUUUAUGGCUUCGGCAGCAACAGUAAUGUACGAGGCUAG